CUGCUUAAACAAGCCGCAUAAGUAUUCUGAUCUUUCACAUUUGCUCGUGGAGUCCCAGAGUGUACACUGAGCACAGACAGGAAGAUCUCUCCGCUAUAUAUUACCAGCGGCGCCUUAUCGCUACGCGAGAGUCUGAUAUGCGAGAGGGCGACGGUCACCGAUAGCUCGCGGCCUCGCCAGCCGAGCAACACGCUGCGGUCUCGACGUGCUCUACGGCACUCACUUCGCGUCCACGGCGGUGGAGGGUAUACACCCCGCAGUGCAAAAGGCGCCGAGACUUCGGAGUAGGAGUGCGCUGCCCAUGGGUGCCUCCGGAAGCUCGACGAGCGGCGUCGACCAGCACAGCGUUACUACGGCCAACGGCUCGCUUCCCCAGGGCGAAAAGAGAGGGACCACAACGCCUCCCAAGCCCGCUGUGUCCAAAGCAGUGAAGGAUUCGGUCCACAAGUCCAUCGCCGCGUCCAGCUCCCUGCUCGGAGCGGGAGCCAACGGCGUCUGCAACGGAGGGGCCGUAGGCGCUGACAGCAGCGUCAAGGCCUACCAGAGGGUUCGAUGGUCUCGGAACAGUCUCUCGGCGAGGGCCAAGCUGGCCUCGGCCGUGGGCCGUGCUCAGAUGCACUGUCGCCGCUGUGACCACCGCUGGACGGACGAUGGCGUCGAGGUGUUCUUCGACCUGGGCAGGCUGGGUGUGCCCAAGGUGGUGCGCAAGCAGUGCUUCAACUGCGGACACUUGGUGGUGCCAUCUUUCUCGUGCCUCGAAUGGGACCGUCUUGCCAGUGAGGCGUUGGGCAAGUGGUCCAAGAAGGCGCUAGAGGCUCAUUUGAAGCAGAGCCGGGGCGGAGCACCGGUACCCAUUCCCGAACACUGUUCCGUACCCGUGCCGGACCCUCUUACAAAGGGGAUGGUCGUGAUAAACGUGGACGUCGUCAACAACAAUUCUCCACGCUGACAAGACUUAAAGCGCGUCGUUACCAAGUGUAGUUGCUGGCAGAGUUCAGCGGACAUGCCUCAUCGAGGAAGGGAGUGUGACGUUCCAUUGCGUCAGUGUAUUUCGUGCGUGCAGCGCGAGUGCUAGACUGUGACAGGACACACUGCGUCAAGAAGCUUCCAUCAUCGACUGCCGGUGACUCACAACGUCCGUAGUGCAAGAAUUUUAACGUUAUGCGUGCGGGCGCAUGUCAUUACACCACGAUUUACUGCUCUAAGAAGGUUUGUUCAAGCGCAAUCAUCUUAGACAACCCGCAAAUGCAAACCCAUUACGCUCCCAUUUAUCUUUAUUUUAUCGUAUUGUGUUCUAAUCACCGUUUGGUUGUCUUAACGUUGUCGCGAGCGAAUUUACUGUAAAGGCAGUCGUGCGUGGAAAUCACUGCCAAGGUUGCGCUGCCCUGAUAUUGCUCCAUGUUUAAUUUUCAACAGAAAUUUGCUUAUCUAGUCACGCUAUGUGAAAGACCAGCGCUUGCUGUUCUCCUUUUUUAGGGCGUCGUUUAUCUGCAGUGCGCGCCGCUUAUCUGUCCUGCAAACAAAGCGGUGUUCUUUCUUUACUUUUAGUCCUACAGAGGCCGGCGCCAACUGCAGUGCCCCGUCACAUCAGACACGUACACCUGUCGCCAAUAGCUUACAGCAUAGGUGUAGCUGCUGUAGCUCUGGAGUGCACGGACUUGCUAUCAUAUCAGUUGUGCUGUAGAGCUUUAGGAGCAAUGGCUUGAAUGAUCCCAUCUUUUGUAAAGCUUAUUGUUGUGAAUAUUGCGAUCCUGCGUAUUUUCACAUCUAGAGAUUGCAGCGAUGCAUUAGCCUUCUGAGACACGUUUCUUGGUCAGUUUCCUCCGCGUUUUAAUUUAUAGUUUUUUUGGUAUAGUUGAAAGAGUACUUUGUUGGUUGUCAUGCCGACCUUUUUCUGCCUUUUUUUUUCGGAUGUUAGCGGCAUGAGUUACGCAUUUUAGUGGAGUAAGCAGCAUAUUGGUGCUGUCAUUUUUAAACUGACCAGCGCUAUACCCCUUCACAGAGAAAAGAACGAGAAAUUGGUAUAGCGCCAUGACCGCCAUAUCCCAUUGUUCGUGGCCAUAUCCAAAUGUGCUGUUCAAACACAGUUUGAAACUUAGAAACGCUUUCCUUGGACCUCAACCAAACUGAAUAAAACUGUUU